AUGGUCUGUCUCGGUGAGUGCGGGCAGCUCUGUCGAGUCGAGAUUGAUGCGACAUUCGCACAUCACGCACACUGGGUUCAGGAUCUGCUCUCUGACCCUAUCUUUGAUUUUUUGGAUGAAAUCGUCAUCAGGUUCGGAGGAAUCACCGUUCUUUUCAGGGACUAUGUGAAUGAUAUCAUCGAGACCUUCAUCUCUCUCUACGAGUUUCUGAAAACUCUUACUGAUGACUUUCCGGUAAUCAAAGUCAUUCAGUGUCAGUCUCACCGUCACCACUUUCCUUUGGAUGGUAUUUUGAAGGCUCUAGGAAAGAUAUUCCCGCAGUGUAUGUCCUCGGAACUACAGGAAGUGCAGUAUGAGGGAUUCCAGCGAGAGACAUUAGUCGUGGACGGAGAGGGUAAGUCACAUACUCUAGUCAGAAUCACUUUGUUAGUUCCCUUUGUCCUGUUCUAG